AUGGAAGGACAACAAGGUGUAAUUGGAAUAAGAAGAGAAACAAAAACAUACUGGGAAAGAAGAGUUGCCAUAACUCCUCAGGAUGUCAAACGUCUUAUAAACGAAGGAAUCAGAGUCCUUGUCCAGCCUUCAACAAACAGAUGCUUUUCAGAUAUUGAGUUUGCAGAAGCAGGAGCAGAGCUCACAGAAGAUUUAACCCCAGCAAAGCUGAUUAUCGGUGUCAAAGAAAUUCCCACCGAUGAGCUGAUCCCAAAUCGCACCUAUAUGCUUUUCUCACAUACCUUAAAAGGCCAGCCUUACAAUAUGCCACUCCUUGAUGCAUUUCUUGAAAAGCAAAUUCGCCUGAUUGACUAUGAGUGCAUAAAGUCUUUAGAGCCUCCACACAACAGACUUGUUGCAUUUGGCACCUUUGCGGGAUCAGCUGGGAUGGUCGAUUUUUUGCAAGGCUUGGGGAAGUAUUUGCUCAUGAAGCACAUCUCAACUCCAUUUUUACUUCAAGGGUUCGCAUAUAUGUACAGAAGUUUGGCAGAUAUUUAUGAAAGUAUAGAGCACAUUGGAGAAAUUAUUUCCCACGAUGGCUUCCACCCUUCUGUUGUUCCGAUGAUUUUCGGAGUAACUGGGAAUGGCAGAUGCGCAAGUGGGGCUUUGAAUAUUCUCACUAAGCUUCCUCAUGAGUUUAUAGAGCCAGAACAAUUAGAAAAUUUUACACCAAAUGAACAAUCGAGGUUUAAAAUUUACAUUGUGCGUUUCCCUAUUAGGUAUAUUUAUAGAAGGUUCUCUGACGAUGGAUUUGACAGAGCAGAGUAUCAAGAAAACCCUGAGAUGUAUAAAAGUGUGUUUAAAAAAUAUGCUGCCAAACUAUCAUGCCUAGUCCAUGCGAUCUAUUGGGACUCAAAAUAUCCAAAGAUGCUCACAGUUGAUGAUAUAAAAACUUUAAAUGGAAGACUGUUAGGGAUUUGUGAUAUUUCAUGUGACAUCAAAGGAGGAAUCCAAAUUUGCCGCAAAUUUACAUCGCCUGAAGAGCCGUUUUACCUGUACUCCUCUGAAGAUGAUAGAAUUCACUAUUUAAGCUCGCUUCACAUAAAUAACUCAAUUCUUUACCACAGCAUGGACUUUCUUUCCUCUGAGCUUCCUAGGGAUGCUUCUGAGCACUUUUCAAAACUCUUAUUCGAUUAUAUCGAAGAAUUAGCAUGGGAUGACGCCAAUAAAAGCUUCGAAGAGAUCAAUUUAAACCCAGAAAUAAAAAACGCAAUAAUGACAUGCCAUGGCCAGCUUACUCCUGGGUUCCGUUAUAUUACUGAUAUUAGAAGAAACGUGGUAACUCCUGUAAGAAGAAAUGAUACGAUAGAUAAGAUUGCUGAUGUUGUCAGAGAAAACCCACAUUUGGCUUCUGAUUUAGAAAAUACAAUGAAUAAGCAAGCUUUAACUAAAGAAUCAGAAAGAGCAGUAAUCACUAUUAGAGAAAUAAUAAAAAGGAAAUAA